AUGAACGAGCUCGCCGAGGCAUGGGCUGCCCGCUGGCUGCCCAGCAUCUUCAUGGACCUGAGCUUCAACGACUUCACCGAGUGGAUGGAGUGGUGCGUGCCGUACCUCACGGGAGUCCUGCGGCGUCCACAGUUCGACGCGAUUUUUGCCGUCGACGACUUGGCUGGCGACACGCAAAAGAGGCAUCGCACUGCCAUGGACAUCUGCGAGUCGAACGGGCACAAGUCCGCAUGUGCGCGCGAGAAGAAGAAGCUGCUGAACAUCGUGCCCGCCGUCGCUGGCUGGCUGCUGAUGGGCCCGUUCGCGAUGAAGACCGCUGGCUACCUGAAGAUACUGCGCGGGCCUCCGUCAAAUUUGUGGCCUACGUUCAAGACGCUGUCGGGAGCCUGGACCACCAGCUACCGCUCGCACGUCAACCUGCACAAGUUCCAGUGCCUGCCGGGCUGCCCGUGCAGCGAGAGCCAGCGCAACAUCGACGACAUCUCACACUACCUCACAUGCCCGCGAUUGUGGUCGCACCUACGCCAGCCUCGAGGCGUGGUGUCCGCCCACCUGCUCACGCGCAUGGGCCUCAAUGGUGAAAUCUACGACGGCGAGAACAACAUCAGGCACGUCAUCGCGCGCGUGGCGGUCGCAUUCAAGACAUGCAACUUCCUCCGCAUUCAGAACAGCCUGACCUCCUGCUCCCCGAGCUCCGGUAACGAGCUCUGGGUUGUGGACAACAUCGUCGACCCGUACAACAAGAACGCCGCGGCCGUGGCCGCCUC